CUGAAAACAUUUUAAGUUUUAACGUUAUUAUCUUUUGUUGUCAAGGAAAAAAGAAGAAAAUGAAUUGCCUUGGACUCAUAGAACUAUCUGAUCCGGUAUCCUUUGAUCCUGUGGAUACAAUAACGUCAGUAUUCUUUGACCAGAAAAAUCUUCAGUUGUUUUCUGUAAGAUCUGGUGGUGCUACUGGAGUAGUGAUUAAGAGCCCAGGGAAACCCCAGCAAACAUUUAUUCUCGAGGAUAAAGGAGGGAUACUUGCUAUUAAACUCUCUCCUGAUCAGAAGGUUGUUUCUGUUCAAAGGGAGAAAACUCGAUUAGAUUUCUACAAUAUAGAAAAAGGCCAACCCAAUCCUCUCGAAUACUCUAUCCAUGUAAAGAACAAGAAUUCUGAGAUUGUCGGCUACAUCUGGUCAACUGAUGAUGAGGUUGUUUUACUGACAGAUACAGGUAUUGAGAUCUGGAAUAUCACAGCAUCAAGGAAACUGUCCAAGUAUCUACGGAGUACCAGUACCCCUAUAUUCUGGUAUGUAUCCUGUCCUCUCACUAACUACCUGUUCACCUCAGCUAAGGACAAAACAAAUACUCUUCAGGUUUGGUCUGUGAAGAACAGCAAUGUAAUUAAGCUUCAAGGGAUAGAUUUAAGUUCUUCAGUUACUGAGAAGGAUGUUUCAUUUAUUUCAGUUUACAGUCAAUGCUUUAUACGAGUCAACAUAGUUGGAGAGAGCAGUAAAGUGACAGGAAUUCAUCUUUACUCAAUAUACAAUGAUCAGGUUCAUCUGUCUCAUCUGUUAAAUGUAUCUGUAUCUGGAGCUCUAGGAGUUCAAACCCUGGAUAAUCUUAUUCUUGUUCACUCACUUCAGAAUUCGAGUACUCAGAUGUUUGAUAUUUCAAGUCCCCGCACUAAACAAACAGAUGUUGGAGGCCCUCAGGAACACAUUCAAAUACUUCCCCAAACCAGUCUUACAGAUAAAGGUUCCUGUAUUCCACUGACCUAUCCUCCUUCCUGGGUUCUCUUCAGACCAAAUAUACUCAUAGAUGCAAGGAAUGGAAGAAUGUGGACUCUCAACCUUAAACUUAAGAGAGUAGAGAGUAUUGACGAGGUUGGGUUGUGUAGAUUUCUUCUUCAUAGAGUUGGCGGCAAACCUUUUAUUCUUAAACAUCUUAAACACUGCCUUCAAGAUCAAACUGUUAGAGCAGAGAAAUUCAGCCUGAUGUUCUACUACAUUGUCCUAUCCUACCAUAUUCAUCAGAAUCUGGGGGACCCUCCAACUCUACAGGGGGUUGGUUAUGUACAGUCUGCAGUACAGAUAAAGCCUGCUGUUGUACUGGAUCAAUCAGAGCUGUACACGGCAGUUUUCUCACAGGCGGAGAAGGAAGGUGUACAGCUGGAAAGAGUACAGGGUGUCCUGGUAGAGUAUCUGCUGGUUUUAUCUCAGUUCAAGUUUCCAGCUCGGCAGUUUAUCCUUGAGAUGUUUAUAAACCUAGCAGUGCAAACCAAACAGUUUUAUCAGAUGCAUCAAUAUAUACAGUAUGGAGUUAUAGGGGACAGUAAACAUAUCGCCUGUAUUCUCCUCUCACUUGAAAGUGUUUAUCCUCCGGCCCGACAAAUAGCCCUGGAUAUGAUGGCAAGGCUUGGGAAUGGAGUUGAGGAACUGCUUGAAAUUUGUUUAGCAGAGGGAAAGGUUGUUCAAGCCAUUAACUUAGCUGGAUCCAAUGGAUUAGGUGAGAGUAUAUCUGCUCGGAAAUAUCUGGAAGCUUCUAAAGAUCUUCAUCCAACAACAUUCUACCAUGUUUACAAUUUUUUCGAGGAGAGAAAUUUGAGGCUUCGUGGUAAUCCUCGUUUCACAAGCGAAGACAAAUGUGAACCCUUCAUCCAACAGUUUAAACUCAUGUUCACCAGUUAAAUAUUUACAGACAUAUUGAGAUAUUUACAAGAAUGUUUCUCAAAAUCUUCUAAAGUAAUGGAUUUUAAAAUACAUUUUAGUGGAUUUCUGAAGGCAAACUUUGUUUAAGUAAUACUUCUUCAUUAAGUUAAAGAUAUUAAAGUUUAUUUUUCAUUGACUGCUUUUAAAUUCUAGUUACCCCUGUGUUAUAUAUUCAUAUUUUGUCAAUACGCUUAUACACUACACUGCUGUAGAAUCUUUUUAAACGAAACAAAGGUGUCGUUAGACAUGGCAAAGCUGUUGAGACAUGGCAAAGCUACUGUUGUAACAUGACGAAUGUUGAUGUUGUUACAUUACAAAAGUGUCGUUAGACAAGGCCAGCUGUUGUUAAGACAUUGCAAAGCUGUUGUUGAGGCAUGGCAAAGCUACUGUUAUAACAUAACGAUGUUAUUGUUAAUAUGACAAAGGUUGCAUUUAACAUGGCAAAGCUGUUACGGCAUGGCAAAGCUUUUGCUGAACCAUAGCAAAGCUGUUGUUAAGGCAUGGCAAAGCUUUUGUUAAGGCAUGGCAAAGCUGUUGUUUAGGCAUGGCAAAGCUUUUGUUAUAACAUGGCAAAGCUGUUGUUUAGGCAUGGCAAAGCUUUUGCAGAGCUGUUGUUAAGGCAUUGCAAAGCUUUUGUUAUAACAUGGCAAUGGCAAGGCUAUUGUUAAAAAAUGACAAAGAUUUCGUUGAGACAUUAAAAAGCUGUUUUUAAGAUAUGACAAACUGUUGUUAAGAUAUGGCAAGGCAGUAGAGCUUUUAAACCUGUUGCUAACAAAGGCUUUGUUGUGUUUUCCCAGUUUUUGCUCAAAAUCAAGUCAAAAGACAUUUGAAGGGAAAAAUUAUUUGUUUUGAUUUUUAAAUGAUUUCUAUUUGAACAUGUUGUUAAAUACAAAUUCAUCGAUAAGGUAAGAUUUUGUGAUAGUUUGUUAUUCGACUAAAUCCGACCAUUUCUACUUAAUAAUUAAUAACUUUACUUCGGCACUUUCACAAAGAUCACAUGAUAUUAUAUUUAUACUUUCUUGAAAUCAUUCCUCCUUUUUAAAAUCAUAUUUUCCUCAAACGUUUAUAGUGAUGUUUUUAGGGGUUUAUCCACCAAAUAAAUUUUUGAAAAAUGUAUGUAAAAACUUUCCUUUUCUCGUUUUUUUCUGAGCAUAAAAAAUCAUUCCCCGAUAUAGACACAACCUAGUUCAGCUUUUGUUCAUCAUCCCCGCCCCCCCCCUCCUCCUUAUUUUUAAUCUGUCGAUAUAUUAUUUGUAAUUAAUUCAAUAUUUAUUGUGCUUUUAUCAAUCUAACGUAAAAGUGUAAUUCCUCACAUAUUGAUAGUAUUAUUUAUUCGUGCACUAAAUAUAUUUGAUAUUUUUA